AUGGGUUCAACCGAUACGCCCUUUCUCACCAAUGGCGACCAUCCAAAUUCCGAAACGACAAUACCUCAAUCCCAGGCUCACCUCAAUCAUGACAACGAGCCUUGGGUUUACCCUCACCCUACAGAUUUCAAGAUCAGUGAGCAUCAUAUCGACGAUACCAAGGCCCUGAAGGUAUUACUUCCUUUCUGAAACGCUUUCGAAUGCCAACUUUUGCAACGCAGGUAGCCGUUGUAGGCACUGGGCUGGCGGGCAUUACCGCGGGCAGCCUGUUGCCGGCUAAAGUACCCGGACUUCAACUUACGAUAUUCGAAAAGAACUCUAACGUGGUAAGUUCUGUAGUGGUCCUCGUCUCGAGGACGGAACGCUAAUGUCUGUAGGGUGGCACUUGGUUCGAAAAUGUGUAUCCAGGCGUUCGGUAAGUUCAUGCUCCUGGAGUCAAUGAAGAAUCCGCACUGAUGAUAUCUUGAGGUGCGAUAUCCCGGCGCAUGUCUAUCAGUCGACGUUCUCGCCGAAUACGCAAUGGACUGAAGAGUACGCCCAGGGAUCGGAGAUUUUGGCCUACUGGCAAUCUGUUGCCCGUAAAUACGAUGUGUACUCCAUCACCAAGUUCCAGACCAAAGUCACGGGAGCGCAUUGGGAUGACCAGCGUGCACAAUGGCGGCUCGUAACGCAAAAAUUGUCUGAUGGUACUCGCGUUGAAGAGUACUUCGACUUCUUCAUCACUGCCAUCGGCCAUUUCAAUGAGUGGAAGCUCCCAGACUAUCCGGGCAUCGAUCAAUAUCAAGGUCAUCUGCGCCAUUCAUCGAAUUGGGACCCGAACUUCGAUCCGAGAGGGAAACGUAUUGCUACAAUUGGCAAUGGGGCGUCAGGCAUCCAAGUAACGACGGAGCUUCGGAAGCUUGCAGAUCACGUCGAUCAUUACGCUCGCAAUCGUACUUGGAUUGCUGGUUCAUUCAAUCCGGAAGUCAAGGAUCGACAAGAUACUCCUAUGCCCAUCUCAUUGGACCAACGGAAGUCGUUUGAAGAACCUGAGACAUACCUACAGUUCCGAAAAGAGCUAGAAGGCAAGUACUUCCGGGGCUUCGAAGGUCAGUUGAUCGAUUCAGAAUCGACCAAGAAUGCGGCUGCGAAUUUCACGGACGCGAUGAGGAAACGAUUGACGAAAGUCGGAACGCCGGAGUUGCUGGAGCGUCUGGUGCCUGACUUUCCACCUCACUGCCGGAGGCUUACUCCAGGACCAGGGUAUCUGGAAGCUCUCGCGGCUGAGAAUCUGACCUUCAUCCAGACUCCCAUUGAGCGGUACGAAAAAGGACGAUGACACUCGACAUCGAAUUGCCCAGCUGACUGCUCUUUUCAGUUUCACUUCCGACGGCAUUGUCACAGUCGACGGUGUACACAGACCUGUCGACGCCGUGAUCUGCUCUACAGGGGCAAAUGUAGACUACGCACCACCUUUUCCUAUCACAGCUGGAGAGUACGAUCUUUCGCGAGACUGGAAGCCGGAUGGAAAAUUUGGGUGGGCUUACAACUAUCUCGGCGUCAGUCCUUCCCUCCACUCAGGGCAUUUCGAGCGAUUAAAGCUGAUUGCAUAACUCAGCUCUGCACUCCCCACUUCCCAAACCUAGCAUACAUACUCGGUUGGUAUCACUUGCAUAGCAUGUGGUUAGCCUACUGACACACGCCCAGGACCUAAUCCAGCUGGACCUUCCGGCACAGUACCGCAAGCGGUUGAGACCCAGGUGGCCUACAUUGCAAAGUGGGUGUCUUCAGAUUACUCUGUCCGACUCUGAAUUUGAUUGGAGUUUGGCGAUGCCGCACAACAGUCUGCUGAUGGUACACAGGAUGUUAAGAAAAAUGUCACAACAGCGGAUACGAACGAUGGCACCGACAAAGUCUGCAACUGAUGACUGGGUUGACUACUGCGAUGCUUUCUUCCCACGGACAAAUCUGUCGCUGAACUGCAGGCAAGUUUUCUCGGACUGCUCAGGAACCGAUUUUGCGAAUUGCUAACCUUGCACAGCUCUUGGUCAAAUGGUGGAAGGCCUGGAGGCCGCAUUCAUGGUCACUGGUACGUACGACUGUGUUCCUCCAUCGCUGCUUUUGAAACGGCUGCGGCGCGGCUGCAUACGUCUUGUAUCAAAACAUGCACUUCAUUCACACGAACAGCGCUCCGGCAAAACAUGCUUGCUAACGUCUUAGCAGGCCUGGCAGUGGAGCGCACGCCACUGUGGCCCGCCGUGAACCACGUUGGGAAGACUUCGAAUACACUUACGAUCGACCCGAGAACAGGUUUGCGUUUCUUGGCAACGGACAAACGAGGAAAGAAACUAUCGAGACGGAGGACGUGACUCCUUAUCUGAAGCUUGAGGCAUCAAAUGAUCUCAGAGAUGUCCAUGAGAGGUGGUGGGACGUCUAG